AUGGCCAAUUUCGAGUAUCCUAGCAUUUCGAACGAGACGAGACCGUACACAAAUCACAACGGUAUCGUCGUGGAAACAUGCGUGCUCGAAGUGAAGAGCUCGGGAACGACACAACUCCCUUCUGAAAGUGAGAUCUGGCCCCUCGGUGUUUUCGAGCAACGACUCCAUGACAUCGACGGGAAUUAUGAAUGUCCAGCGUUUGAUCCUGAAAUGGCAAAUGAGCUCCUCAUCAACACCACAAUCUCAGCACUGGCUCUAAACCAGCGCUUCGACACCGUCAACGGAACAGAGACCCGCACCUUCAACAUCUACCGCUUCGAGAACAAGCUCGCCUUCUUCCUACCCUACAGUCUUUCACUCGCACUCGCCAUACCGAUCCUAGUACUAGGACUCGUAGCACUCUACGUCCAAAACCACGGCGUCUCGGCUAUCAGUGGAGGUUUCAUGCAGCUUCUGAUGACGACUACUGGACGCGGUUCACUUGAAGCGGUGGUUACGAGGGGCUCGGGUACGCUGGGCGGAUACGAGAAUGUUUCGGAAGAGCUGCGUGGGAUGGAGGUUAGGUUUGGAGAACUCGUUGACGUUGGUGGGGAUGAAGUUACGGAGACUGACACGCUUCUGAGCGGGCGUGAUGGGCUUGUCGAUGUGCAGAACGAUGAUAGCUCGCAGUCAGGUGUACGAAUUUCGUCCAGAACAGAGCGGUUCGAGAACAGCGUUUCUGUAGCGCGAAGAGCCGGCUUCGGCACGGUCGACGAAGUGAUACCAUUUAGGAAGAACGCAGAACAGUAG